AGUAUAAUUAUUAUAAACUUAAGAACAGGAAAAAAAAAAAAAAAGAAAAAAAGGAAAGGGAAAAAGAAUGUCGUGGUUAGCUAGAUCGAUUGCUAACUCGCUCAAGCUUGACGACGACGACGAUGACGAUCGGACCAAUGCGGCGGUGGAUCCGAAACCCGAAUCCGAUCCGAAUCCUAACCAAGCCUCUCCUCAUUCCCAUUCAUCAUCGGAUCCAAACACUCCACGUGGCGUCAAAGAAGACCUAUCCGAGCUUACCAAAACCCUAUCUCGUCAAUUCUGGGGUGUUGCUUCCUUCCUCGCUCCGCCUCCUCCGGAAUCAUCGGAGCAACAGCCCGAUCACGCGGCUGAGAAGGAGGAAAACUCUCUCCGGCCGCCGCCGUCUUCUGAUGAUACGGAUGAGUUGUCGGAUGAGGCAUUGAUAGCGGGAAUCCGUAGCGAUUUAUCUGAGAUCGGUGGGAGAUUCAAGACUGGAAUCUCGAAGCUGUCUAAUAAUAUUAAUGUCUCGGAGUUCUCUAAGAUCGCUUCGAAUUUCCUUCAGUUUGGAUCCGAAGGUGAGGGUGUUGAAACAUACGAGAGUGGAAUCGCUGUCGGUGUGACCGAAGAAGUGGUCGCGUUCGCUAGGGAUCUCGCGAUGCAUCCAGAGACUUGGCUUGAUUUUCCGGUGCCCGAUGAUGAUGGUUUUGAUGAUUUUGACAUGUCUGAUGAGCAACAAGAACAUGCUUUAGCUGUUGAACGUCUUGCACCAAGAUUGGCUGCUCUUAGGAUUGAACUUUGCCCAGGAUAUAUGAGUGAGGGUUGCUUUUGGAAGAUCUAUUUUGUACUUCUUCUUCCUCGACUAAAUAAACAAGAUGCAGAACUUCUGUCUACUUCCCAAAUAGUUGAAGCAAGAGCAAUGUUAAUGCAAGGGAUACAGAACCGAUCUAAGGCUAAGAUGGAAGAACAUUCUGAAAGUGGCACUUCAAAUAUAAAGGCUGAUUUACCACAUGAAGAGUUUCUUUCUGUGCCUUCUCCCGCUCAAUCUAAGCCAACACCAUUUAAUGAAUCUGGAAAUGAAGCAGCCGAUACUGCUGUAGCUGUUGAAGUUGCAACAGAAAAGCACCCAGUUCAGACGACUGAGAUGCAGGUUGUUGACAAGUCUGUCAUUGAGGAAGAGCCAAAGAAAGAAGUCAAACAUCAACAUUCAACAUCUGCUUCCUCUGGAGUUUCUAUCGAGAAAUUUGAAGAUGAUGCUGAUGACUGGUUAAAAGAGGAAACUUCGGAGGCAGUUGGCACAAGUGCUACCACCAUCCCUCUUGGAAAUGAUGAGGAUGUUUCAUUCAGUGAUCUUGAGGAUGACGACGACGACAUGCCAAUAAACUACAAGAAAGUCACAUCUGGUUCUGAUUCUUCAGCAAAAGACUCGAGAGAGUGGGUUCAACUCAGCAGGAGCUCUAUGGACUCAGUAAAAGACGUUAACUGUGUUGGCAAUGAACAUUCUGCGUCUGAGCAGGUAAGUACUCGUAACCCUGAAACCAAGGAAUCAAAUGAUUGGCUUGAUAUCGAAGAAAUCAUGUGAACGAAUAACCUUUGCUAUAUCUGUAUUCUAGAUUCGUCUUCUCUAUAAUCUUGUUAAUAUUUUGUGUAUGAUUUCUUCAGUUUGAGCUAAUGCUCUGGAAACUAUAUUCUGUACAUAAAGCACUGUUGGAAUUGGAUAAUUACGCGCUGCUGCAAUAAUAUUCAUGUAAUUUAUGUCCAGUAAA